UCGCCGUACUUUCUGUUUCUGUUACGCAUGCGUGUGGCUGUAGCAUUGCUAAGGUAGCAGUAUUUGUUUUUAAACAUGUCUGAGAAAGCAGGAGAAGUGGAUUUAACUGGUGCCAAGCAGAACACGGGUGUGUGGCUUGUAAAGGUGCCCAAGUACCUCUCUGUGCAAUGGGCAAAAGCGACCGGCAGAGGAGAUGUCGGGAAACUGCGAAUCUGCAAGAAAGGAAACCAAGGAAAACCAGAGGUGUCCUUUACUUUAAAUGAAGAGCUGACUGUGAUUGACGGUAUAGAGGAUAAGACGGUGUCUGCACCUCGCGAUCAUCCAUUCACCAUGCAGUCAGUGGGGGGGCAGACGCUGGCGGUCUUCACAGAGAAUUCCUCAGACCUUUUCAGUCCACUGCCAAUCACCUCAGCAGAUUUGGGCCAGUCAGAAGAAAGAUCUGAUGGCAGCAGCUCAGUUUCGGGGGCGGGGGCAGGUCCAGAUAAAAUAGCCUUGGAGGGAGUGGUGGUGCAGAGAGCAGAGUGUAGAACUGCUGUGAGUGACAACUAUAUGAAGCUGAAGAGGUGA